AUGAAACUGGCCUCACACAAGCACGUUAAAGUCGUGGGAAAAAAAGGAAAAAAACAAAUCGGUGUUAUUACCUCCGCUGAGCGUGGGUCUUUGUUAACCACAGUUAUGUGUUUUAGUGCAACAGGAGUAUACAUAGCGCCCUUUAUAAUUUUCCCACGAAAAAACAUGAAAAUGGAGCUUAUAAAUGGCACAGGAUCAAAAUAUGCGUGCCAUAUAUCUGGCUGGAUCCAACAAGAAAUAUUUGUGGAAUGGUUUCGCCAUUUUAUUAAUCUGACAAAGCCUAGCUCUGAUGAUCCAGUGGUUUUAAUACUUGACGGCCAUUAUUCCCACACAAAAAAUUUGGAGGUCAUAACUGUGGCGCGAGAAAAUUAUGUUCACAUAAUAUGCCUUCCACUACAUUCAACUCAUCGGAUGCAACCAUUGGACGUUGCUUUUAUGUCUCCGUUUAAAACGUACUAUACACAGGAAAUUACAAACUGGCUAAGGUUGAAUCCCGGACGUGUAGUAACAGGCUAUCAGAUAGGAGAACUGCUUGGGAAAGCCUACAUAAAAGCGGCCACCAUGGACACGGCCAUCAACGGCUUUAGAAAAACUGGAAUGUUCCCUCCUGACAGAAACAUAUUUAAAGAAAAUGACUUUGUGGCAGAAGUGCAGGAUAUGUCUGGUGAAGAACUAGUAGAAGCAGAAAUAGUUCAGGAAGAAAAUAUAGAAAUAGAAACAAUAGAGGAUGAAUUAGAUAACAACGAGCCAAAAGAAAAAAGCCCUGAGAGACGGAUUACCCUAGAGAGACAGAUUACUGCUUUGAAACAGGUUACUCCUGCAAAUUUAAUGCCUGUUCCAACUACUUCUAAAGAUAUUAUUAAACAAAAGAGUACAAGAAGUGGUAAAGCUGCGGUCAUAACUAGCACGCCCUACAAAGAAGAAUUGGAAGGCAGCAUGUAA